AUGGCAGGCCUCCGAAUGAGCGUCGUGGUCAGCGCGACCGCCUUCCUUCUCGGCCUGCUCUUCACGCACUGGAUAGCGGACUCGCUGACGUUGUGGAAGUCGCCUGACACGCAGACGGACAGCAGACUGUGGACGGCGGCGGCGUAUUAUGCCGUGCUCAUGCACGGGCCACCUCAGCUGGCGUAUGUUUACGGCGCAGUGGCCGUCAUCGGGGCUGCGACCAUCCUCUGGAGCCUGCGGGACGGCCGGGCAGGGAAUCUGAUGUUCGACGGCGGGAGCAUAUUCCUGUACCUCACGGGUAUCUUCGUAUACCUUUACUCCGUCAUUCCAAACCUCCGCGCCAACUUCUCCACCCUCCCUCUACCUUUCACGGCCCCAUGGCCUCCCACCGACCUCCCAGAAUUCCCCAAAAGCCUGCGUGAGCCGACGCUCGAGCUCGCGUCCUCCCACCUCGUCUGCAGCGUCGUCCUCACGGGCGUCCUUGCGCUCCAAGCCGGGCGCUGGUGGGCGGAGCAAGCGGACGUCGACGACGACGACGAAGACGAGAUGCGGGACGACGCCGGCGCAGAGACCGGCGCGGAGACCGACAGGACAGAAAGCGAGAUGGAACGGGAGACGGUGCGCCGGAGAGACGUGAAGGCCAGGGCAUGA